CGUACCAGAAGUUUACCACAGGCCCUUUUAGCCAAACAAUACAAAGCCCGACCUUCACCAUAGCUCCUGCAGCUGCUCACACAGUUCAGGCAGAGUUACUCCUGACAACGGUACUGGUAACCGCACUCCUCAAAAAUAUAUGGCAUACAUGUGCUGAUCCCAGGACGGAGCAGCGAGAGGAUGCAGCGAAGUGGGGGCGCUCAUGCGCGUUGGCUUUGUCAGCGACGUCGCUUGGAUGCGUGGAGCCAUGCUUUGGCGACUAUAUGCUUUGUAUGGAACCUGAUGCUGGGCUGCGUCAGGAGCCAGGACUUCGCUACGGGCCUAAAAUUUCCCGCGAGUGGCGCUCUCCUUGCAAACCCAGCUUUCUUCGCGAGGUACGGUAACGUGAUUCCACCGGAUGAGCUUGACUGGCGGCCCACAGGCUUCAUUCGGGCGCCCGUCAACCAGCUGGGGUGCGGCACCUGUUACGUGCAUGCGGUGGUGCACGGCGUCGAGGCCCUGCAUGCCAUCAAGAAUGGCAGCUCCUCGCCCGCCAACACGUCGGCUGCGGUGCUGCCUGAGGACCAGGUCAUACGCUGCGGCGGGGCGGCGGUGGUGGCGGCGGCAUGCGACGGCGGCUGGGUGGGCGAGUCGUACAUCUACACCGCAAUCACGGGCCUGCUCAGCUCGCCGGACUGGGGCGCGGCGCUCACCGACCCCAACCUGAACAACGGUGGGGACGGCCAGCAGUGUCCCUUCAAGCCGCCCAGCCUGCUGCCGCCUGCCGACAGCACCACUCCCCUCAGCCUGCCGGAGUACUUUCGCAAUCGCGGCAUCCGCAUCUACGGCUGGGAGACGGUGCCCGCCACUGAGGGCUCGCUGCUGCAGGCGCUCUCCAACCAGCCGGUGGUGGCGCUGGUGCACGCCUCGCGCGACUGGUUCAGCUACCGCGGCGGGCUGUUUGCCGGCAGCUGCAGCUCCGCACCCAACAGCGCCAACCACGCAGUGCUGGUGGUGGGGUACACGGCGUCAGCCUGGAUCAUCAAGAACAGCUGGGGCACCGGCUGGGGCGAAGGCGGCUACAUGUACCUGCCCCGGGGCGGCAGGAGGGGCAACCCCUGCGGCCUCCUCAACAUGGCCACCUACCCGGUCAUGGAGCAGACCCCUGCGGCGCGGCGCGGCGAGCUGCUGCAGGAGGGCUUCUGUUCCGGCCUGCUGUCUGUGGAUGCGGCGGGCGCGGCUGCGGGCGUGACGCUUCGGGUUCUGGCUGAUCAGCAGAAGGUGUCAGUGGAGGAGAUGGUCCGCGUCAACGGACACCUGAAGAACGCCGAUCUGCCUCUGGAGGCUGGCACGCGUUACUACCUGCCGCCCUGCUCUCGCAACACGCCGCCGCCGCCUGUGCCCACACUCGAAUGCGGCACGCUCUACCGCGUAUCCCUGGUCGGCAGCCCCAACAGCAGCGCUGGGGUGGUGAGCCGCAACCUGUUUGCGGAGUCGGGUGCCCACGGCCGGCGGCUGCAGCGGCAGCACUUCCACGCCCACCGCCAUCACCACAGCCGGCAGGGCCACCACCAUCACGGGCAGCACCACCGGAGCCCGCACCAACACCCAAACCCAUUGCUGCAAGAUGCCGCAAGCAACUCCGUGAUGGACCAGCAGCUGCCACUCGGCGUCAGCAGGCGGUCACUGGCAAUCACGGGCCCCGGCUCCGAUUGGGUCUACUUCACGGUCCUCUCCACCGCCAACUCGGUCGACAGCAGUGUGCAGCAGCAGGUGCUGGAGCUGCAGCUCCCGGACUUCAGCGGCGGCAAUGUGGCCUUCAACGUCAAGUACGGCGAGAACAACCAGCGGCAGCUGUGGCGCCUCAUGCAGCCGGAGGGCAGCGACAGGACGCUGCUACAGGUCCAGGCCACGGGCAAAUGCGCCCGGUAUGAGUUCACGAACUCGGUCCAGUCCGGUAACAUUGUGGGCAUAUGGUGGGCCUGCGACCCCACCGACGCCCGGCAGUGGGUGGAGCUGCGGGACGCCGCCACUGUUGCGGCGCCCACGCCCGCCACGACGUCUUACAUGCUGGCUUUCGUUACCCUCAACAUGUGCCUGUACGGCAACUACAUAAACUACCUGGGGCUGAGGUACAUGCCGUACCUGGGCGACUGCUCUGCGAUCGGGGCUAACCAAAAGGUCGUGCUAGCAACACCGCCUGCGCCUGUGGACUUCACGCCGGCCUGGCUCACGGGAGAUCCCAUCGGAGCCCAGGGCAGCGUUGCUGACUCUGCGCUGCGCGCUGUGCGGCUGGCCAACGGCGCGUUCCUGACUCGCUUGGAGAACGGCAACAGCUUCUUGCAGGUGGGCUUUGGCAACGUGGGCCCCGAGGGCCUGUUGCCCAGCCAGCUGUGGCGCCUGUUCAAGGGCCCCGUGGACAACCAGGGCCGCCAGACGUUCAUGCUGGGUGCCAACGUGACGGUGACGGGGUCGGACGGCAAGAACACCUCCAUACUGCUGUGCGUGGCGCCCAGCCAGUACAGCGCCUACGACCGGCUGUUCAUGUACGCCAACUGCGAGCCGGGCACAGGCGGCUGGGUGGGCCUGCACCACUUCGGCGUCGCCUCGGGCGGCAGUGGCGGCAGUGGCGGCGGCGUGCGUUUGGACGCGGGCGGCUACCCGGCGGGCAGGGCGCUGCUGUGGGGCUUCCUCAGGAACGAGGGCAACUGCGUGUUCACGCCCGAGGCCGACAAGCCCUUUGACCCCGUCACGACGGGCUUCCUGCAGCGGCCCUACACCGAGCCCUGCCUGCCCGACAACCGCUUCCAGCAGUACGACUUUGUGGACCCCGCAUCCCCCGAAGAUGACAACCCUCGGCCGCCCCGGCCACCAGUGGACAUCAUGCCGGACUCCUCGCUGCGCUACGUGCUUGACACGCGCGGCACGUACCUGUCCUCCCCCGCCGUCCGGGUGGGGGCGCCGGUGGGCUUCCUGGCCGGCGCCUCGUCGGCAGCCGACCUGUCGCCCGACUCCAGCCAGCUAUGGUACCUGAGGCCCGUGGCGGACGGCCCGGCCGGCGCCAAGAGGUACCAGCUCGCCCUGGCGGCCAGUGGGCAGCAGCUUUGCGCCACCGUGGCUGUCAGUAUGGACUCGCUGACGCUGCAGGAGUGUGACGCGGGCUGGGACCGCCAGGCGUUUGCCUUCCCCGGGGCCGACAACGUUGCGCCCGGCGGUACCGGCAGCAAUGCGCUGCCUGUGGGGCGCCUGCAGUACCUUGUGUACACGUCGGAUCCCGGUGUGGGCGGCAUCAGCAGCAGCAAGAGCUACUGCGUGACCGGUGACACGUACCAGCCCGACUUUGCGUACACCCGGGCUCGCGUGGCGAGUGUGGCGCAGUGCGACGCAGAUUCGAGCUACACGUCUGGGCUCUUCGUUGGAAAGCCGACGCAAGCAUACAUCGGUCUGGCGCCGCCGCUGACCCCCCUGCCGGCGACCAUCCCGCCUCGCAGCCGCGCCGGCUACGUGGCCAUCUACGACGUGCGCGGCGCCGCUCUGUCGGCGGCGGCCUCGGGCGCCGUGACCCUGCGCUACACGGAGUCGGGGUCGGGCGGCGGCAGCGGGACAGCCGCCAAGCAGGCGUUGCAGGAUUCACAGCUGUGGCGCGUGCGGCCGGCAACCACGCCCGGGGCCGACUGGUUCACGGCUACAAACUAUGUGUUUGGUGACUCGCUGUGUCUGAGCACCGCGGCAGCGGCCGGGUCGCCAGACGCGUACGGGCCGCUCACUCUGCGGCCCUGCGACGCCUCUGACACCCGGCAGCGGCUGGUGUUCUGGACGGCGGACACCGCGCAACGCGUCACGACCCGCACCGUGCCUCUGGGCCGCACGCAACUGGGUUUCGCGGAUGCCGGCAGCCCCUGCCUCGCCAGCGUGACUCCCAGCCUCAUGAUUGCUUACCGGGCUCCGUAUGAGGUGCAGGCCGUGUCCAAGUGCGGGCCGCGAACGGACGAGACACAGCUGUUUGAGGUGGCAGACCCCAUUGGCACGGUGACCUACCAGCACCUGCGCUGGUGGAAUGGUGGCCCCGCACAAACCAGCAGCGUGGCAGGCCUCAAACCGAAAGAGGCGUCUUGCCGGCCAGGCACCUACGUGACGGGUCUAGAGGGUGUGCUGUGGACGGGCCUGCCCGCACUGGAGGCGUGUGUGUUUGCUGCACUGCUGGCUGAGAGCCCCCUGGGCGGCAUGCUCUACUCCAAUCUGGCAGACGAGCUGAACACGUGGGACGUACGGCGGCAGCAGCUGGGCUUUGCGCUGUCAUUCAACCUGCUGUGCAACGACGGCAGCAAGGUCCAGGUCAACUCGCCGCCCGACUGGAGUGUGAGCGCCGCCACCAGCUACAGCUGGAGCGAGAGCUGCCCGGGCGGCUACGACCGGGUGCGAGCAGGCACACGCGCGUUCCUGUACGAGGGCCGGACCGGCUACUUCUCAAGCCAGGACAUCCAGAAACUGGACUUCUCGUUCAGGUGCCGCUCCGACCGCCGCUGGACGCUGUACACGGUCAACGGCGCGGGCGUGAGCAAGCGCCUGGCCACCUACAACUCCACCUCAGGCGACGGCUCCCGGCUGCUGCCCAAUGCCGCCCUGGUGGCCCGGCUCAAGCAGACUUGCGGGCCCGCGGGCUCCAUCAAGACGGCCACGGACAACACCGUCACGUUCUUCGACUCGCCGCAGACACCCGUGGACAUGCCCACCGCAGACCAGGUGGCAGGACUAAAUCUGGCGCCCCUGUCUGCCAUGAUCCACCGGUCGCUGCCCCAGCUGCUCGACCUCCAGUCCUUCCCGGCACACCGGCUUGAGAACAUGGCGGGGGCGGCGACCUGCCCCGAUAACCAGGUGCUCACGGGUGUCUACAUGCGCAGUGGCAUGCCCGCACUGGGCAGCACCGCUCCCUACAACGGCUGGCAGGCAGGCCGCGUCAUCGACCUGCCGGUGUCGCUGUUCCUGUACGCCAUCAACCCUCUGCUGCUGAGCCUCGACGGAGUCAUCUGCCGCGCAGUGAUAGGGGCGGAAGCACUCCCGCCAGCCACUAGCGGCGGACCGGGAGUGGUUGUUCCGCCGCCCGCGGGCAUGGUGUUCCUGGUCAGUGCGGAGCCGGCGGCCGGGGCGGGCGGCAGCGGGCGGCGCACCAAGGACCUGGGCUGUGCGGGUGACGGCGCGUUCAUCACCGGGGUGUACGCCGCAGACGACCAGAUUGACCUGAACGUGCUGGGCGUGCGCUGCUCGGACGGCAGUAGCGCCUUUAUCGGCACACAGCGCCGGGAGGCGGGGGCGCCACUGCCCGCCUACAUCGACGUCCCCUGCGCUGAGGGCUUUGAUGCUGUGAAGAAGCCGUGGGGCACACCCUCAGAUGGGCGAAGCACCAGCCGUGGCCUGGGCAGCUUUGCUCUGCGCUGCUCCUCUGCCGCGGGGCAGUACGACAGCUUUGCCGGCAGCGCUGGCGACGGGCGGUUCUGGACUCAGCUGGGCGCUUACAAGGCGGUGCUGGCCCGCGGGGACCUGUACGCCGCGAGCGAGGCGUUCGUGAACAGCGAGGACGUGUACGGCUGCGCGGACGCGGGGGCUGUCAUCACGCAGAUCACAGUCGUGUACGACGAUGCAGCCAAGGCCGUGAACACACUGCAAUUCUUUUGCGGCGAGCGGCCCCGACUCAGCGCCGACAGCUCCUUCUAUGACAUCGCGUUCCGCUACGGCAUCACCCUCAGCGACCUGUUCGGCGCCAACCCCGGCGUCAACUCCAGUCUGCCGCUGUCCGCCUACAACAACACCGUGCUGGCCGUGCCGCAGCUGUGCGGGUCCAUCUCGCAGCAGCCGCCCAUCACAACCAUCGCGUCGUCGUGCCCGCGCUACUGGCCGCUGCCCAACACCACCGUAACUGGCACCGAGACCUGCGGCUCCAUUGCCAUCUCCUUCUGUAACCGUGACUUGCGCUUCCUCAACUCUGUGAACAACGGCAUUUGUCCCAAUGCAACGGUCCGCAUCAGCCGGGGCGUGCGUCUGUGCAUUCCGCCUCGCGCCUCUGUGAUAUCAGUAGGCCACCGCCGCCAGCUCAUCGGGGCUUUGGCGGCAGGUGGGGCCGGAGCCACACAGGCUCCGCGGCCACGGCUGCAGCUGCAGCACGAGGCCCUGCUGGUGCCUCUGGGCCACUCGCAGCGGGGCCUGCUGCAGUCGUCGGACGCGGCGCCGCGGGCGGGUGCCGUGGGCGCGGUGUGCACCCUCAAGACGUACGUGUCUGUGGGGGCGUCAUGCGGCUCCGUCGCCGCAGCCUACAACUUGACAGACACGCAGAUGUACGACUACAACACAGACCUGCGCUGCGAGGCCCUUGCGGCCGGCUCGGUGCUGUGUGUGGAACGCAGUGACAGUGGAGAGGAGGACACGCUGGAGCCGCUGCUGGUGGAGGACGCGCCACCCCCGCCGCCGCCGGCCUCACCCCCGCCCUCGCCCAAACCCUCGCCGUCACCCAAGCCCUCGCCCUCAGCCAGUCCCAAACCGUCAAGCAAGAAGUCACCGCCACCACCGGGCGCGGCAAAGCCACCCCGGGCGCCACGCAAGCCUCCCGUCAGGAAGUCUCCGCGGCCCAAGAAGCCCACGGCCCAAAGCCCGCCUCGCCAAGGUUGAGCCUUUCAUGACUUGUGUAAAGGCUCUGUGACGAGCCUUGAUUGCGUGGAUACAGCUAGGUUCUAUGUGCAAGUAAGCCACUGAAGAUAGGGCUUGUGAUGUACCUAGUAUGCGUGCGCAUUCGGUCAUUGUUUCAUUGUGUUACGAAGCAAGUGGGCGCGCGUUGCAGCGUCAUUUUGUCACUGGCAGUGGUGCAUGCAGGCAUUAUAAUCAUGACAAGCUCCGGGAGGAUCCGCCGGUUCGGCCCCCCGUGUCAUUCCUCAAAUCAUCGCAUCCCACCCAUGCAGUAUGGCAGUAAGGCAUCUGAAGAUUUGCUCGACUAUUGGUUUUGCGUGUUAGAACUUCAGUUGUAGCUUGUACGCACGAUUGCCAAGUAGCAUUACGAAGUCUCAGCUGCGUUGGGCCUGCGGGCUGCUGGCCUUAUGUGUUGGGUGGGUUAGCUUCCUAAGUGCGGAGGAAUGCAAACGCUGAACGCACUAGCUUCUUCUGGGUAGCCCAGCCACCUGCGUAUGGCUUAUUUGGCCUCAUGCUCACCGUGUGGCUUCAAUGCAGCCAUGGCCAAGGGUACGGUAUGGUGAUUGCUCAUGGCACAGCGUGCACAACAAAGUUAAUUGGCACGGCACGUUUGCUUUUGGCCCCAUGCAGGAAAAUUGAAGCACGGCAGGGAGGGCGUUGGUGGACUGACCUCGCUCCUUGCCCAGCAAGCCGGGACCCUUUCUUGUCCUACUGGCCAGCUGCAUUCCCUUGUAACCGCCUUCCAUG